CACAGCCGGACAACCGCAACCCGGACUACGGAGGAGGAGAGGAAAGAAACUGCAUUUAUUUCCCGAGAAGGCCGAAUUUUACAGUACUCAAAUAAACAAAACGCCAAAGCCUGGCCUGAUGUGAGAUUAUCACUGUAUGACGCUGACUACUGCUGUUUAAUUGGUAUCUUAAGUCAGAGCUCCGAUGUGAGAAUGAGGACAUGCUGAUAAAGCUGUAAGGGUGGUGCCGAGUCCUGGUGCGUCAGGAUGCUGGUGGAGCUGAGCGAGUGGUUCUGGCAAGAGCGGCUGUGGUUUCCGGAGGGUCUGGGCUGGGCUGACCUGGAGGAUCGGGAUGGACGAGUUUACGCAAAGGGCCGUGAUUUAUGGGUGGCACUUCCCAUUGCGCUGGUAUUCCUCAUUAUCCGGCAAAUCUUUGAAAGGACAGUGGCGACACCUCUGGCCUCUCUACUCGGUGUGAAAGAGACGGUUCGGCUCAAAGCUCCUCACAUCCCCUCCCUCGAGUCCUACUACUUUAGAGUGACCAAAAACCCAACACAGUCUUCAGUAGCAAGCCUUUGCAAACAGACGGGUUAUUCAGAAAGACAAGUGCAGCGGUGGUUCAGACGGAGGAGGAACCAGGACCGACCAAGUUUGCUCAAGAAGUUCCGAGAAGCCAGUUGGAGAUUUACCUUUUACCUUCUUGCUUUCAUUGCUGGCCUGGCCUCCCUCAUCGAUAAACCUUGGCUGUAUGACACGAAGGAGAUGUGGCAAGGCUUUCCUGUGCUGACUCUGCUGCCAUCUCAGUAUUGGUACUACAUGAUCGAGCUGGGGUUCUACGGCUCUCUGCUCUUCAGCGUGGCUUCUGACGUCAAACGUAAAGACUUUAAAGAGCAGAUAGUUCAUCACGUAGCGACAAUCCUCCUCAUCAGCUUCUCCUGGUGUGUGAACUACAUCCGUGCUGGAACUCUAAUCAUGCUGGUUCACGACUCCUCCGAUUACUUCCUCGAGUCUGCUAAGAUGUUCAACUAUGCUGGGUGGAGAAACGCCUGUAACUACAUCUUCAUCGUUUUUGCUGCAGUAUUUAUCGUCACACGCCUCAUUUUUUUCCCCAUCUGGAUCAUUUACUGGACCUGGGUUUACCCAGUGACCAUCUACCCGCCUUUCUUCGGCUACUACUUUUUCAACGGCCUGCUUAUGGUUCUGCAGUGUCUCCAUAUCUUCUGGGCCGUUCUCAUCAUCCGCAUAGCAAUCCGCUUCCUGACCAACAACGAAAAAGUGGACGAUGAUCGGAGCGACAAAGACGAAACAGACGAAUCAGAGGAAGAGGAAGAAGAGGCAGGGAAUAAAAAGCACGGAAAGAAAAAUGGGCCCAUGCAGAACGGCCACACAGUCCACAACAACAACCACAGCAAGACAGAGUGAAACGUGUGAGAGCAGGAAAGAAAGGACUCGUGAAAAAAGAACGACAAAGAAGACGAGAUGGCAUUCCCUAAAACUAGGAGAUUCAACACUGUUACUUUAACACAGACAUACACAUGCUCAGUCAAACUUUUAGAGAACACAAGUAUCAAGAUUGACACUACACUAAGUGGCACUGCUUUUGCUUUGUCACCACAGGAAAAAGGAAAUCACGUAUCCUCAUCUUUGUUAGAUGUUUGUCCAACAAACCUGUCAGUGAGACAGGAGAGAACAUGAAGAGGUUCCAGGUGUGGAGGAGAAACAGGAAGGUGCUGCUGCUGCUUCUACUUUAGCUUUCAUGUUUUAACGGUGUGCCUUAGAGCCAGCUGGUAGCUGCCAAAAAGCCAUUUUAUGGCUUUCUGCUUUAAAACUGUGCUGCUUUAUUACGCAUGUCUUUGUUUUUUUUUUUUUUUUUUGUGCUUUGUUUUGCGAUCACAAAGAGAUCAAAACAAAGUGAGAACUACUAUUAGGAACGCGAGAUACUGGGGCAUUUCUUUGUCUAUGCAACAACAUUUCUGUUGGGUAUUAUCAUGUCUUUGCACAAAGAUAUGAAGGAAUAUUUUGCAGUCAGUGCAGCCUUGUGCCAUUUAUGAAGUUCUCUGGUUUCUGUUCAGUCUUUGUCCAACAAAGCUCAGUUUGUACGUGACGUACAAACGUGACGUUUUGUAAGUGACGUCUCACCGCUUACUUCUUAAGAAAACUUAAAGCAAUAGACCGAAAUGAGCGCUCAGUUCAGCUCAUGAUUGAGCAAUCACAGCUGAGUGUGUUUCAGACUCAGAACAGACCGUGAUGAUGCCACCCACUGAAAACUGAUGACUCAGCAUAUUCUUCCUGAGGAGAGGUUUCUCCGUGGAAGUAGUGGGAUUUUCCAGAGUUAACUUUAAUAGGACAGAUUUCUUCAGCUCACUGCCUGACCUCUGAGGUUACAUUCAUUAACCUGCAGGAAAUGAAAAGUGUCGAUCUAAAUGAAUGAUUAUGAUUCUGUUUGAAAAGGUUUACAGUUAUGUUCUUUAAUGUUUUUAGAAAUAAAUUUGUUUUUUUGUUUUUUUUAAAGAAAAAGUUCUAGAAAGAAGUAUCUCAUCUGUGUCGUCACGCAUUCAUAUAUUUGUACGUCAAGUGCCUUAUUUGUAAUGAACGAGGAAUUCUCCUGUCUUCAUGUUCUCUCCUUCAUAUCUAAGCCCCAAACACAUCCUCCUCCCACUACUGCAUCCACCAUUUCUCUUCAUUAAACA